AUGGGCAACAUAAAAGGUUUAAAGUCAAAACUUAAAAAUUUGUCUCCAAAUUUAGUGUCUAUUGGUUGCACUUGUCAUUCCCUGCAUUUAUGUGCUUCCUAUGCAUCCAAGAAACUUCCAGAUGAAGUAGAACAGUUUGCGAGGGAUAUAUAUAACUUUUUUUCAAACAGUUCUAAAAAACAGAUAGAGUUAAAUGAGUGUCAAGUUUUCGCAGAAGAAAAACCUACAAAAAUUCUGUAUCCAAGCCAAACAAGAUGGUUAUCCUUGAGGGCUGUGGUAAAUCGUAUUUUGGACCAUUGGUCUUCACUUACAUUAUUUUUUCAAAGAGCUUUUCUUGAAGAUAAUUUACCAGCAGCUGAAAAUAUUCUGUUGGGUUUGAGAAACCCUAUUCAUUCUCAAGAAUCUUUAAAAGUUCUUGUUACAUUAGAUUCUAUCAUCAUCCGCUAA